AUGGCCGCACAUCCCAACCAUCCUCAGCAUCCCAAUCAUCCUCCGCAUCCCAAUCAUCCCCCGCACCCUCAAUUCCUGGACGUUGAUUGGCCUCGUAAUCAUGGCGAGAUCCCUACUCAGCCGCUCCAGCUCGAGAACGAGUUCGACAUCGAUCCUUCCCGGUACGAUAUCCUCCAGGGCGAUCUCCAGCCGCCACCCCACAUGGACCGCCGCAGACACCAGCAGAACUCAGGCUUCAUGAUGAACAACUUCAACGGACAGCCUCAACACUUGGGUGGCAACGUCAACUAUCCCUUCACCUUCCCGAACACCCAAUCGCAGCCGCAGCAUUUUGGGGAGAUUUAUGGCGGUAGCGACGGGGGGCAGCAGUUUUAUCCGGACACACCGUACUCCGGCGUAUCAAAUCAGUCUAUGCCCAGCUCGCCGUUUUAUCCAGACGACUUGUCCGCGUACACCUUCGGGCAGACUCCUGGCAUUGGCCUCGGACAGCACGCCCGCCCGAGCUCAAAUGCCAACCCUGGCCUGACUCCGACGAUUCGGUCCUUCCGGGGGGACGUCGCGCGCACACCGGUAUACUCAAAUGUUGCUUCCCCCAUGACCCCCGCUUUCGCUUCGUCUCCGAAUUAUGGUAUGCCCGUGCAGACCGGCAUGCCGUUUCGGGGAGAUCAAGGGUUGGGAGCACCGCACGCGCCGAAGCGGUUGCGAGCGCUCGACGAUGGAGAGGGCGAGGUCUCCUCCGCUGAUGGGGAUGGGCAGGAGCCGGAAGGGGCACAGACGAAGGGAGAGGGCGCGAAGGCGCCGAAACCACUUGGCGCUUGCGCGAGGUGUAAAGGGUUGAAGGUCAAAUGCGAGUUCAAGACCGACCCCGACAUUUGCAAGCGCUGCCUCAAUGGCGGUCAUGAAUGUGUCAUUCCUGGUCGGAAGAAACGUCGCGCACCUCCGAGGCGUGAUUUGCUCCUCAGUCAGAUCCGCGAACAAGCGGGUAAGAUUGAGGAGCUCAUGAAGCAGCUCGAGAUCGCCAAUAAGCGCGCGGGUAAGAAGGGAUCUGGGGAAGGCACCAAUGCCGCGUCUCCACCCCAAGAUGCUCUGUCCAAUACCGACAAAGACACCUCGAACAUGUCGGCAAGCGAGCUGACGACAUCUGACUUCGGAACUCCGGAGCCCGUAACGGAACAGAUAACCAAACCCGACGUCCUUGACUGGAUCGCUAAAGCCCGGGAGUCGAUUAUGGCGUUCGGAGACUAUAUCAACAUGGGCGGGCCGACCGUGACGCAGGACUUGGUUGGGGAGGACGUGUUGGGAUGGAAGUAUAGCAGCGACUCGUACGACGAAUCCAGCGGCGAGGAGGUUGGUGGCUACGACGACGAUAGGGAGGACGUGAAGAGCAUCAAGAGCGUCAAGAGCGACUUCCACGUCGAGGUGGAGGAUGUUGAUGCGAAGAAGGACCAGCCGCAGCGUGGGCGCACGCGUCCUGGAGAGAUCCCAGCUCAGGCGCAGGACGAGAACGAGACCGGCAGCAGCGCGACGCGGAGCUCGCGUCGUAAGAAGAGCAGAGGGGGGCUCACGCGGGAGAGGCUCGCCAUCUUGCCACAAGAAGGCGCGCCGAUCGGCUUGCUCGCGAAUAUGAGCCUGAAAGCAUCGAGGAGCACGCGGAGUCGCAAGUCAAGCCGAAGCCGGAGUGUCAGUACGGUGGACUCGAACGAGUUCGGUGUGGCAAAUGAGGACUACUUCCGCGCGAGCAGUCCUGGCCCAAAUCGCCCCAAUGUAUAUACGCAACAUCAAACCCCUUACAUCCUCCGCAGUGGUUUGGUGACCCCAGCGGAAGUAGAGAAGCUGUUCAAAAUAUAUUUUGAUUACAUGAACCCGUCCCUUUCUCUCCUAGACCCAGUCCUCUAUACCGCUCAGAAGACAUUUUGGAGAAGCCCGUUCCUUUUCACCGUUAUCUGUGGUAUAGCGUCGAGAUUCUACUCUGCGCGUCCAGAACUGUAUCAACAAGCCAUGAACUGCGCGCGCUUGGCUGCUGGCUCAACCCUUAUCGGCGGACAGAAGAACGUGGAGUGCGUGCAGGCGUACAUUUUGCUCGGCUUAUAUCCGGUACCGACAAGAAAGUGGGAGGAAGAUCGAUGUUGGGUUUAUCACGGCCUUGCAAUGCGCAUCGCCACUGACCUCAAUUUGCAUCUUCCGAACACGGCGCAGCCUCGGAACGAGCAGCAUGCCCGAGAAAUGCUCAACAGGACGCGCGUUUGGCUCAACUGCUUCAGCGUUGACCGUCAGAUGUCGUCUCAAUAUGGAAAGGCCCCGAUCAUCAGCAACACGGAUUAUGUCGCCAAUCACACAGAGCUUUGGUACAAGCAGUCUCCGUAUAAUAUUCCUGGCUUCGACAUUCACUUGUGCGCAUAUAACGCGGACUUGAAGGUCCUUGCAGACUAUCGAUAUACGAUCUUCAGUGAUCCCGACCAUCCUGUGGGGUUGAACAGCGACAUCGACAUCACCAUUGAAGCGGCCAAGACGGAUGAUAAGCUCGCACGUCUUUGGGAGACUUGGAUCGCGCGUAUUCGCGAGGAGGACUGCAGGACGCCCGCCGCUGAGUAUCGCACAAGCAUCUUGAAGUUGGCGUACAGUUACGGGCGCAUUGCUGUGCUCUCUUUUGCCUUCCAACACACGCAAGCUCAGGAGACGUCCCAAGAGUUCAACGAUGCUUUCUUCUGGAGAUGUUUACGAGCGACGAAGGACCUCAUCAGGACGCUAUUGGACGAAUUAGCUGCGCCCCACCUAAGGACAUACUUGCGACAUGGGCCAGAUUCACAAUGCGUCUUUAUCACAUUCACGUGUGCAUUCCUCAUAAAGCUACUGCAUCCUAGGUUCGUUGACUAUAUCCCCCGCGAGACUCGAGUGGAGAUCCGUAGUAUGGUCGAGGACGUCGCCAACUUCCUAGGCUCUCCCGACGUCGCGAUCGACGAGCGCCACGGCCCCAUGAUGUACUCGCGCUUCUUACAAGGUCUUCUGGACACACCCCUCGCUCAUGUAGAUCACUCGCCUGCUGCGCUCAAGCGCGCGCAGAGGGCGCUCCCCCAUCAUCCUUCCCUGCCCCGUAACCAUGUAGGCGACCACCAGAAACCCGAGGUAACGACUUCGGACAUGGGGUCUUCGACAGAAACCCACGACCAAUCUGUGGUCCCUCCCACGGAAGACACGCACUUUUACGACAUUGGAUUCGAUGGUGAAGGCACUCAGCCUGACGUCUCGGGGAUGUAUGCGACCCCAUUACCGUUUGACAACGACUUGCUGCAUUCGAUGCAAUCGUUGACUGACGCGCAUUGGUCGAACAUGGUGUUGCCCGGCUUCAACUGGAUGGACACUAUGCAGCAAGACAACGAUGUGCAAAUGAAGUAUCAACCCGAUGUCGGUGUAUCAAAUUCUCAUUACUAG